GACAACAAGCCAGUGAAAUGUAGCAGACAAGACCGCUAAACUUUCCUCCCGUUCUUUGUGGUCCCUUUUGGACUAGCGUAUGUCUAUUUUGUAUAAAAAUCGAAGACUUAAAUGAAACUGCGGGACUUUGAAAGUUUUUGGACGUGCCUUGUAUUGUUGUUUAGUUUACGUUAACGUCAGGAAGUUGAGUCUAAAAAUGCAGAACGAUUCUCUUCUGUCGAGCAUUAAUGUGGUGCUUGUGAUGGCCUACGGAAGUCUUGUGUUUGUUUUGCUGUUCAUAUUUGUCAAAAGACAAAUUAUGCGUUUUGCCAUGAAGUCUCGCAGAGGACCACAUGUUCCACUCGGCCACAAUGCUCCCAAGGAAUUGAGGCAAGAAAUUGAAACCAAACUGAGCCAAGUUCAGAAAAUCCACUUUGAGCCUCGUCUGUUGUCUCCAGAUGAUGACCGGCUAAAAAACAGGGACCAGUCUGGUACCUUUGACUACCUUUACAGAAUGAGAGCACUGGAUGCCAUCAGAGACACUGAUCUCCCUUUCCGUGAGCUGGGUGGGACGUCCACCGCUGUAACGGGUAAAAGACUUCGAACUUGGCUUCUACAGCUGAGAAAUUCCCACUGCAUGUUCCGAGAAAACCUCAUCGACACCGUGCUGGACGGGUACAAUAAAGCACGACACGGGUCAGAGGCUUUUGGUGAAGCAGAGUUUUUAAAAUACCAGGAAGCUCUAACUGAACUGGCCUCAGCUGUCAAGUCUCACAGUAGCAACAGCAGUGGCAGUUCUCCAAGCCAGCACCACCAGUCUGCAGCCAAAGACCUGACCGGCACAGCAGAGCCUGCGAGCUCGUCCUCCCCGACACAAACCACCUACCUCACAUCCUCAGCACAGCAGCGCAGCAAGCGGCCCCGACACUUCCUGGAGCUGAAGAACUUCAAAGACAACUACAACACUCUGGACAGCACGUUCUGAAAAUCUAUAAAGAUGACCUGAAGAAAGGUCGAUGAAAGAAAGUGAAAGUGCCUACUGUUUUACCGUCACUUUGGCUUGUUAGUUUAGAGUGAGGCGAUAUAAACACUGCCUUUAAAUACACACACGUACUGCCUGAUUAACAUUUAAGUGCACAUCAGACUACUGGUAUAACCCUUGUUUCACAAGUGUAGCCUUUACCUAUACUCUAUAAACGCAUGUGUAAGUGCUUUUUUUUUUUUUUUUUUUUAAAUAGACCAUAAUAAAAAAGGUUGAUUUGACCAAAACGGAGCUAUAGAGCUAUGCAACGAUAAGACAAUCAGUAUUUAUUGCACACUGUAGAAGCCUAUGCAGAAUUGUUACUAAUAACAACUGUAUUUAAAAAAAAUGAGUAUUUUUAGAGGAAAGAAGUGUUUUUGUUGCCAAGCACUGUUUAUGUCACUUAUGUUUACGUCUCUUAGUGCCUCUGCUGUUCAUUUCCAACAUUGUGACAGCAUCUUUUUUUAGCCUUAAAUGUUUAUUUUAAAAAAGCCAUACUUGAUUUAAUGAAAUGUGAUGACUAGGUGCUUUCCUGAUUUUAUCAGUUCUCUCAGUGCAAUGUGAUUUAACAGUGUUGUAGUGCGUUAAUUUAUCUGAAUGUGAGGGGAAGACUUUUUCCUGAUUUUUGUCUUUUUUAAGGGUAGACGGGCCUCAAAAUGUCUCAACUCUUGGUGAUCCUCAGAGGUAUGUUUGUGCCUUAGUGUUUUCAUUUUCUAUGCUUUUAUAUUUUAAGUUGCCUUCAAAAUAAAUCAGUGACUUAAAGUCCAAA